AUGUGUGAGGUUAAAACACAAAAACCUAAUUUAUUUCCUUUGUAAAAAAGAAAUGAUAAAAAAUAAAUUUAUAGAUUUUGUAGAGAUCCUUACAACUAGAGGUUUAAUCAAAAGAUUUUACCUAAGAGAAAAUUCUUUUCUAUACUUAAUUUAGACUUAUUUAAGUAUAAUAUAGAACUGAUUUGUUCAUUUUUGAGUGAUAAAGACAUAUUGAAGCUAAGAUUAGUUUCAAGGGCAUUUUAACCUUACCUUUUAAGGUAUUUUGAGUUAGAGAAAUAAUAAGCAACUCAGAAGGUUAUUAGCCAUAAAAAAGAUGAGAUUUUACAAAUAAAAAAUAGAAUUAACAAGAGUAACUAUUAUUAUUCAAAAAUAAAAAAAUUGACAGAAUAGAUCAACGAAAAUAUCUCUCAUUUAUAUAUUUAUCUCUAUUUUGAUAAGCUAGAUAUUAAGACUUUAAGUGUCAAUGAAGGAAAACUGUUAAAGCUAUUUUAUGAAGCAUUAAUGACAAAACCAAGCAUAAUUAAUAGCUUAUAAAUUCUUAAUUACUGUGCAAAGAAAGAAGAAAUUAGCAUUCUGUUUGGCAACCUUAGUCUUUCCUAUGACUUUAUGGAUAAAAAACUUUAGUAGCAAUUUUACAGAGAGCUGCAAUUGAUUGCUGAUUUCUUAAAGAUAAACAACAGUGCAAUCAUUCCUUCCAUUCUUGAAAAUUAAAUAUUUACUUUUUCUCAAGAAAUGGUAAAGAAAAUAGAAAAUAAUAUUUAUAUUGAUAAGACAUACUCUUCAAAUAUUCUUAAAGGAAUUUAUUACUGGUUUGAGUUAUAGCUGUUCUAUAACUAAUUCUUAGAAAAAGAGCCAGCAUUUUUGGAAUUAUAUAAAAGUUAAGAAUAAAUUAACUACCUUAGACACACUUAUGAGAUAAAUAAUUAUUUACUUAGAAAAAUAAUUUGA